AGAAGCAAAAACAAAGCCGAACGAGGCGGACGUGUUGUAAUUCGUUGUCGCCUAGUGAAUGUGUGCUGGGUUUGUGAUUUUUGUUAUCCGCGAUUUACGAGUUUUAAUUUCUCGCCGUCGUCUUAACACAUCCGAAAUACCUUGCUCCUCAAAGCAUUAAACAAAUUUUAAACCAAACAAAAGAAAAGCCCACAACGCAACAGAAGACAAAAAUCUAAAAAAAAAAAAACCAAUAUAAAAACACAGACAGCGAGAGAGAGAGAGAGGGAGAGAGGCAGCUGCAGCAGCUUUGAAACAUGUUUACCGAGGAGGGCAUCUUUCCCAUAGGCGAUGGACUGCUGGACGUUGAUGCUGAGCGCUUGAAGGGAUUACUUGUGUCGCAUGACAUCAAUGAUAUCUACGAGGUGGAACAGACGCCGUUUGCCAGAGGCAAAUUUGCGGCUGUUCGCCGGGCAAUACACAAGAAUACCGGUUUGCAUUUCGCUGCCAAAUUCCUGAAGCGACGCCGACGCGCACAAAGCAGCGACAAGGAGAUCAAACACGAGAUUGCCGUCCUAAUGCUAUGCGAGGGCGAGGACAACAUUGUCAAUCUUAAUGCUGUGCACGAGUCACGCUCCGAUACGGCGCUGCUGCUGGAGCUGGCCACUGGCGGUGAGCUGCAAACGAUACUGGACAACGAGGAGUGCCUCAGCGAGGCGCAGGCUCGCCAUUGCAUGCGGGAAGUGCUCAAGGCUCUUAAAUUCUUGCACGAUCGUUCUAUUGCCCAUUUGGAUCUAAAGCCUCAAAACAUUUUGCUAGCUGGCGAACGCAUUGAGGAUGGCCUCAAGCUGUGUGACUUUGGCAUCUCGCGUGUCGUUUGUGAGGGAAUCAAUGUGCGCGAAAUGGCCGGCACUCCGGACUAUGUGGCACCGGAGGUGCUGCAAUAUGAACCACUGUCCCUGCUUACGGACAUUUGGUCGGUAGGCGUGCUGGCCUAUGUGCUGCUCUCGGGUUUUUCACCCUUUGGCGGCGAUACGAAACAGGAGACCUUCCUCAAUAUAUCACAGUGCGCUCUCACCUUUCCCGACAAUCUCUUUGGAGGCGUCUCUCAGGCGGCAAUUGAUUUCAUACGUCGCGCAUUGCGAAUUAAGCCAAACGAUCGCAUGAAUGCAGCCGGCUGUCUGGAGCAUGUCUGGCUAAAGGAUGAGUGCGCCUUGGAUAGACAAAUUUAUUUACAGGCCCAGCAUGAUGCUGACUUUGUGCAUGAUGAUGAUGAUGAAGACGAUGAUGAGGAUGUGCAUGUGGAGGAUGGGGAUGAGGAGGUGCAUGAGGAAGUUCCGAAUAUUUCACAGCAGCAGAAACAACAACAUAAAAGCACAUCAACCGCAUCAAUAACAACAGCAACAACAACAGCUCCACCCAAUAAAUCCACGCACAAUGGUCAUCGAGCACACUCUAGCUCCAAAAUACCAAUUGCGACUAGCCACUGCAAGCUAUGUCCGAGCACAGAGACAACAACAGCCAUACAUACACUGCCCCAAACGCUGAGCAUGUCGCUCGCAACGACGCCGUCCCCGAAGCCCACGCAGAUUGUGACGCCAACGCGACGUGCCUCUGAUUCAGAUAAGGAGAACACAUAUACGGCGACAUUUGUGAAGAAGCCCGCGGCCAGCACGGCAACCAUACAAAUUGGCAGUAAUGGUCUCGAGGAUGCUACGGUUAUUGCCACAUUGACACUAUUUCCGGAUGCGCCCACCACGCCCAAAGUCAUACGCAAGACUCCCGCAGCAGAGUCGAGUUCGGCCACAUCGGUAAAAGCGCUCGUCAAGAAGUUCCAGCUGGAAGAGCUCGAGGCGCACAGUUCACCUAAUGGAUCGAACUCUAAUAUAGUGCACGCAUCAGCCAAUACGCAACAAUUGCAGAUGCAGCAGCAGCGCAAAGCAACAACCGGCAGCAACAGCAAUAGCAGCAACAUGCGUCGCAGCAUCAGCGGCACUUGCAACAACAGCAGCAGCAGCGGUAGCUGCAACAGUGGACGUCGCGCCUCAGAACCGGUAACCGCUGUGCAUAAGAAGCAGAACACCGCCAACAUCAGCUCAAACUCCAUUUCCAGCAACAGCAACAACAGCAGCAACAACAACAGCAACAGCUCUGGAUCGAGCACCAAUGCAGCCGCUGGCAGCAGCAACUGCAGCAGUAGCGGGAGCAGCACAGCACUUCUGCUAAAUGGGCGAUUGCCGGCAUCGGCACAUCAUUUGCAUCAUCAUCAUAUGCACCAUCAUCACCACCAUCAUCAUCAUCAUGUCGUGAAGAAUACGACUGCUGCUGCCACCAACAACUUGAGCUUGGACCAGGGCAUCAUCUGUUAGCUAAGGGCCAACCGUGUGCGCCGCAAUGCCAAAAGUUUCUUUCACCGCUUCCUUUGCUGCAUGUAACAGUGCCUUAACGUGUAGGCGUGGUCAGCGCCCUAGCUGGUCUACUAGGGCAACUAGUGGCUGCAACUGCAGCAGCUGCUAAGGGCUGCAAUGCCAACGCCUGCACAUAUCGGGGAAGUUUUGUUUGAUUUUGAGUUUCUUAGUUAAUGUUAUUAGCAACUAGUUGAUAUGAACACCACUGUACCACACACUCUACCACUAAACCAGCCGAUUACCCCAAGUAACGUAUAUAAACUGUUUAAGAUUAUCUACAUGCAUACAAACACAUACGCAUAUGUGAGUGCUUAUAUAUAUAUGAUGGAUAGAUAUCGAGUAUUUUGAAAUAGUUGCCGUUCUAAUUGGAUGACGGUGAACUGUUAAAUUAAUGAUGAUUCAGGUGUGGGCGAAAGAGCUAGAAAGAAUGAACGAAUGAGAUAGAGAUAGAGACAGAGAGAAAGAGCGAGAGUCAGAGAGAGUGUGCGUGUGUGUGUAUUUGUUUAUAAAGAGAAAGAGCGAGUAUGUAUAGUUAGCAAUAUGAUGCAAGGGCAAAGAUUACAACCUAUUGCUCAAGUUGCAAGUAAUUUAACAAAACAAAAGAAAGGAUGAAGAUUUGAGACAUAUCAGUGCGUCGUUGUGUCUGUGUAUGUGUGUGUGUAAAUUUGUUUAUCGAAAUCAAUAGGAAAAGUUGUUCGUGUCUCAACGAAUUCAAAUAUGUCAAUUCUGAACAGCAAAUAUAAAAAGUUUGCAUAGCAUAAAUAAAAUUAAACGAAUUAUACAACCUAAUAAUACACCUUUACAAAACAAAUUUUAAAAAUAGAUAUCAAGUCAAAGGGAAUUAAUCAAUGCAUUGUAAAUUGGAUCUAAAUGUCUUGAUUUUUUUUUCAGUAGAAAUCAUAUUUACAUAAUGUUGAGCGCCAUUUGGUAAUUGUGUGUUACAUAUUUCUAGACAUAUGCACCUAUAACAUAAUACAUAUAUACACUUAUUACAAAAAGAGUAUGUAGUCGCAGUUGUUCAUAUUGGUAGUGCAAAAAAAUUAAAAUAAAUAUGCAAAUUGAUUGUUCAAGAGUUACGCAUAAAUACAUACAUACAUAUAGAGAAUGUUAUCAGAAAUGAAAAAAAAAAAACGAAAA